AAAAUGGCUGCGCCCGUCGUAGUGAAAAUGUUUCCAUCAGUUGUCUAUGACAAUAGUGAGGAAAAAUGCCACCUAAAUGAACGAGAUACGGAACUUGACUUAAGAAAUGACUUAUUUGGAGUGAGGAUUCCUGGGAAGAGUAACAGGUGUUUACUUAUAGGUAAACGAAGCAGCGGUCGGACGUCCCUUUUGUUCCAGUGUGCGCUAAGCUCUGCUUUGGAGGGUCGGAGGGUCAUUUUAAUAACACACAGUAAAUUCCAGACACUACCAUUAUGUGUUCACGGAGCGCCACAACCUGAGCCAUUGCUGAUGAAACAGAUUCAUAUCCUAUAUCAUCAAGACAGAUCGUCUGUCUUGGAGUACCUUGCCAGGAUUCAAACCUUCCCAGUACUUCCCGAUGUUAUCAUUAUUGAUGACGUGGAUUUCUAUGCAACACAUCCAAAGACACAAGACACUGCUUCCACGGUGGCCAAGCUCUGUGCUUAUUUAGUUGAUACAGCCACGUUCAUCGAAACACAAAGAAUCAAAAUUCAGGAAAGCACAAGUAAAAACAAUGAUCAGGAACAUAGAUGUUUAGUAAUCGGCUCAGUUUCCAUGACAACCAAUGGAGAAGUCAGCCACCAACACAUUUAUGAAAGCUUCCUUCCUACAGUUCUUAGGAUUUCAGGGGUAGCUGGCACAGACAAUGUCCACCAGCUCUCCCUCCACCCAAAUGGUACGGCUCAGUCAAACUGCACUAUCACAUAUGAAAUCCAGGACAGCAUCCGACUGCUGGACUACAAUACAGGGGAAGCAGCUUUUGGUAUUUCUCAAGAGUUCUCGCAGGAAACUGAGGCCCCUGGAGUUACUUGUGCUUUUACUCCGUUAACCUGUUAACCUUGAACCUGUGACGCAUAACUCUGAAGUACCUGGUAUGGGAGAUGGUUUGUUGGAAGUAGGUCAACAAGUUGCAGUGUAACAAGAAAUGAAGAUAUUAUACACAUAAUGAAUGUUUAUGAGUGCA